AUGGCCGCUGAAGCAUCGACCGCCACUAACGGCGCUUCCAAGUCCCUCGCCGCUAUGCUGGAGGAGCAACACGCCCGCGAUGAGGCUCACAAGCCCACCGUCGAGGAAGUUGUGGAUGAGGAGGACCUGAAGCACCCUCCUCCCUCGGCCAUUGCGAACAACCAGCCCUUGCCCCCAGUUCUGACCCCCGCCGACGAGCCCUUGACCCCCGCCGAGACCGCCGCACCCGCCCCGAAACCCGCACCUAAGAAGGCUCCAGCAUUCGACGUACAAUCGGAGGAGCUGUUCCCUGCCCUCGGUAGCGGACCUAAGCCUGCUGCUCCCGCGGCGGCUACGUGGGGUGCGAAGAAGCCCUCUGCGGCUGCGGCUGUUACCAAUGGCCGCCCCUCUCAGCCAAUGGAUGUCCCUCGGGUCAUGUCCCUCCCCGGAAAGCACAUGGAGCAGCUCCGACUCGCCCCAUCCCAGAUGCAGCCCCGCGGGCAACUGAAGAAGCCCAUUAGAGAUAUCCUGCGCGAUAUCUCUCGGCGAUCCAAGGCUACCGUUGAUAUGCGCGGUGGCCCUGGUGGUUCGAUCAUCUUCGAAGGCAAGGGUUCCGUGGAUGCUGUUCGCCAGGCUCUCAAGGAAGUUGCGCAGCAGGUCGGAUCCAAGCAAUCCGUCCGUGUUCCUAUCCCUACCUCUGCUCGAGCCCAUAUCAUUGGUCGUCAGGGCUCCGUGGUCCAGGAUAUCCAGACCCGCACUGGUGCUCGUGUGCAAGUUCCCCGCGCCGAGGAGAACGGUGCUGCUAACGAGGAGGAUGACGAUGAUACCAUUGAUGUCUUGAUUGAGGGUGAUGCUGUGGCUGCUGAGAUGGCGCGCCGGGAGAUUGAGGCAAUUGUCAAGGAACGGGGCUCGAACAUGAGCCUGCGCUUGAAGACGAUCCCUCCAGAGUUCUUCCCCUUCAUUGCUGGUGCCCACGAUGCGCAAUUGCGAGAGAUCGAGGAGCGCACCAAGGCUCAGGUCCACGUGCCCCGCUACGACACAUGGUCCACCCAGCCCCCUCCCCAGGAGGCCAACCCCGGCCACGUGCAGUUUGCGCCUUGCGCUGACAAGCACAUUCUCAUCUCCGGAGAGCGCGCCGCCGCCCAAGAGGCCCGUGCCGAGAUCGAGCGCCUGGCCGCUGAUCUUCAGCGCAACCUGACCCUCCGCCAGCUUGCUAUCAACCGUGGCCAGCACCAGUUCAUCCUCGGAAAUGAGGCCGAUGCUCUGCACCAGUUCCUUGCACAGACUGGUUGCGGUAUUGUCCUCCCCCCUGCCACCGAUGAGAGCGAGUUCCUCACCAUCACUGGACCCCUUGACCAGAUUGAGGCCGGUAUCAACCAUGCCAUGGAUCUUGCUACCAGCAUGCAAAUGGCGAGCAUUGACUUGUCCCGCCAGCACCCCAAUGCCCCCGCUGGCUCAAAUGCCCACGCCCGUGCUCUGACCCAGUAUCUCCGCCACCGCCGCAUCAUCAGGCAGCUUGAGACCGCAUAUGACGCCCGAAUUGCUCUGCCCCCGAGCGUUGAUGGACCCGUCACCUGGGAGGUCUACUCUCGUGAUGGCAAGAACACUAUCCGUGCCCGCUCCGACAUUAUGAACCUGGUUCAGGCUCACCCCCCUUCUCGUCUCCGUCACGUUCCCGUUGACCCUUACUUCCACCCGUACCUGCGCUCUCGCAGUGCGUCCAAGCUCCAGGGUGAUUUUGGUGUUCACCUGUUGGUUCCCGAGGACAUCAACAGCUCCGAUGUUGUCCUUGUCUAUGAGGGCCCGUCUGCUUCUGCAGCCAACUUCGAGGUUCCCCGGCAACGUCCCUCUCCGGCCGAGAUUGCGGCCUUCGAGAAGUCACUGCAGGAGGCUCAGGAGUACCUGCUGAGUGCGCUUGGAGAUCAGCAAGAUAUCGUUGCCAAGACCGUCUCUGUUCCUGCCAAAUACCAGGAGAAGACCCGCAAGUUCCUUCUCCGGGAGCAGGAAUCUAAGGACGAGGAUAGUAUUCCCGUUCGUGCUCUCGUUGGUGACGCCAAGGGUGGAUUGUGUGAGGUUGCGCUCCGUGGACCCUCCCAGUUGGUCAUCGAUAUUGCCGUCAAGCUGGGUGCCUUUGUCGCCGAGCAGGAGAAGGACGACUUGGAGCGUGGAUACACCACCUCCUUCGACUUCCCUCAGAAGUAUGCUAACUUCCUGAUUGGCAAGCGCGGUGAGAACAUCAACAAGCUUCGUGAGGAGUUCGAUGUCGACAUUAAGGUCGAGAAUGGCAAGGUUGAGGUCAAGGGUCCCAAGGCCAAGGCUGAUGCUGCUCGCAUGCGCAUCAUCAACCUCGGUAAGAAGCUGGAGGACGAGACUACCCACAUCCUGAAGAUCCCUGCGCAGUACCACCGUGAGCUUAUCGGCCAGCGUGGCAACCAGGUCAACCGUCUCCAGGACCGUUACUCGGUUCGUGUGCAGUUCCCUCGCGCCACUGCCCCUGCCGAUGACCAGUCCGUUGGCGAUGCUGCUAGUGAUGCCGGUGCUGCCCGCCCUGGUCGCUCCCAGCAGGCCGCCGACGAGGUUCUGAUUAAGGGACCUAGCAAAGGUGCUGAUCAGGCUCGCGAUGAGAUUAUGAGUCUCCUCCAGUGGGUUGUUGACCACUCGCACUCCGCUACUAUCUCUGUUGCCCAGAGCCAGGUCGCUUCUCUGAUUGGCCAGCGUGGUCGUGAGAUGGACAAGCUUCGCGCCGACACUGGUGCUCAGAUUGAUGUCCCCAGCGCGAAUGAUGCCCCCGAUGCUUCGGGCCGUGUGCAGAUCCGUGUCAAGGGUACCAAGCAGCAGGUUGCCGAGGCCAAGAAGGUCUUACAGCAGCGUGCUUCCGAGUUUGAUGCGACUGUCACCAAGACGAUCGAUGUGGACAAGAAGUACCACAAGGCUCUCAUUGGUGGUGGCGGUGCCAACAUCCGCAAGAUUGUCGCCGACGCCGGCGGCCCCAACGAUGGCAGUGCUGCUCGCAUGGUCCGCUUCCCUCGUCCCGACAGCACCGAGUCUACCAUCCGCCUGGAGGGUAAUGGCAAGAUUGUCGAGAACAUUGUCGCUGCCAUUGAACAGUUCGUCAAGGAGCGUGAGGACCAAGUUUCCGAGACUCUGGAUGUCCCCACCGCUCAGCACCGCAUGUUGAUCGGCCGUGGUGGCGAGACCCGCCGUGGCAUCGAGUCCAAGUUCAACGUCACUCUGGAUAUCCCCAAGCAGGGCUCCGGCCGCACCGAUGUCAAGCUCAAGGGUCCUAGCACCGCUGUUGCCGAGGCCAAGGCGCACAUUCAGGGUAUGCUGAAGGAGCAGCACGCCGAGACCGUCGAGGUUCCUCGCAACCUGCACCACACCGUGGCUGACAACGGCGCUAUCUUCCGCCGCCUUCGCAACGACUACCAGGUCACUGUUGACCACGCUGGCCAGGCUGUCCCCGCUAACCCUGCCACCGAGGAGACUCGCAGUGGCGCCAACGGCGCCUCCCUGCCCCUGAUCACCGACGACCCUAGCACUGCUACUGAUGCCCACUCGUGGAAGGUCGUUGAUACCAGCGCCGCUGGCGAUGCUGACGCUUCUCCCUUCCCCUGGGUCCUGACCGGCUCGCCCGAGAACGUUGCCAAGGCCCGCGCCGCCAUCGAGAAGGCCAUUGCCUCCUCUGGCCAGCAGUCUGCCACUGGCUAUCUGAUCCUGCCGGACCCCAAGACCUACCGCUUCGUGGUUGGCCAGGGUGGCAGCCAGAUCAACGCCAUCCGCAAGAAGACCGGAUGCCGCAUCAAUGUACCUAAGAACCAGGCUCAGGGUGAGGCGAUCGAGAUCCGCGGCAAUGCCGCUACCCUGGAUGAGGCUCGGGAUAUGAUCCUGGAGGCUGUUCAGAAUGGUCUAAACGGCUCUGCUCGGUGA